AUGCCUCCAAUUUCUAGGAAGAGACUGUCUCGAAGUGAUGCUAACCGUACGAUAAGAAAUCUGGUGAAAGCGUUAACAAAUGUAAAUGCACCCCGAGAGAAGUCUUUGUCGGAGUUAGCCUCUGAAAUGAGCAAAAGGAUUAGUCAGAGCAAACCCUCGACCUUUGAUGGUAAGGGAGAACCGUCAGAACUGGAACUUUGGUUAAGAGAAUUUGACAAACUUUUCGAUGUCGUUGAGUGCCCAGAAGAAUUAAAAGCUUUGGAGAAUGUGUCGGGCUUCUAUCAGAAGAAAGCAAGGAAUUUUGGAAAUUUUCAGGGAGGCGGGUCUAGUUCGAAUUCAGGAAUUAGGAACAACGUGAAGCUUACUAAGCCAUUAUUGGACAGAGAUGGCAAUGAGAGGAAGUAUUUCUGUAAGAGGUGCAAGAAAAAUCAUCCGGCAAAGGAUUGUGAAGGAAAUCUGAUCGAAUUCAAGCCAGUCAACAGCACGGGAAUGGAAAUCGUGGUAAUGCUGAUCAGAGAUUCCAGCGACCUUUUUAUGGCGGGCAAGGCCGGUUGUGAAAAACUGUAUAGGGAUGUACCCUUAAGGAUAGGAAAGGUUGUCUUUCCUAGCGACUUAGAGCAGAGAGUUUUGUUGGAAGGACCAAGAGGUGAAAGCGUUAGAUACAGGAACCAGGGGGAUAAGAAAGAGGGGAAUCCCCAGGAUAUUGCUGUGGUGAAUGAAUUUUUGGAUGUUUUUCCUGACGAGAUUCCCGGAAUGCCACCACAACGGGAAAUUGAUUUCACGAUCGACUUGGUACCGGGGACUGGACCGGUUUCUAAGGCCCCUUAUCGUAUGGCUCCAAAGGAGAUGGAGGAAUUGAAGUCUCAACUUGAAGAAUUAAUAGCUGAAGGGGAUAUACAUAAAACCGCUUUCAGAACACGAUAUGGGCAUUAUGAGUUCACAGUGAUGCCGUUUGGGUUGACAAAUGCUCCAGCCGCGUUCAUGUGCUUAAUGAACCAAGUGUUUAGUGCAUACUUGGAUAAAUUCGUCGUUAUCUUUAUCGAUGAUAUAUUGGUCUAUUCGAAAGACCGAGAAGAACAUCAGGAACAUCUACGAUUUGUCCUGCAAACCCUGCGAGAAAAUAAGUUGUACGCGAAGUUGUCAAAGUGUGAAUUUUGGUUGGAUAAGGUAUCGUUUUUGGGUCAUUUUGUCUCUAAGGAAGGUAUUUCGGUGGAUCCGGUAAAGGUGGAGGCAGUUCGAAGUUGGCCGUCACCUAAGAACGUCACCGAGGUACGAAGUUUCCUAGGUUUGGCCGGGUAUUACCGUCGUUUUGUUAAGGAUUUCUCGCGUAUUGCUCGGCCCAUGACCUCGUUAAUGAAGAAAGAGAAGAAGUUCGAAUGGACGGAUGAAUGUGAACAGGCCUUCAUGACUUUGAAGGAAAGGUUAACUACGGCCCCUGUUCUUACUCUACCUGACCCUAAGUUGGAUUAUACUGUUUACAGUGACGCAUCAAAGAAAGGGUUGGGUUGUGUUCUGAUGCAGGACCGUAAGGUGAUUGCUUAUGCAUCACGACAACUGAAGGUACAUGAAGUUAAUUAUCCGACCCAUGAUCUGGAAUUAGCCGCUAUAGUUUUCGCUCUCAAGAUAUGGCGGCAUUACUUGUAUGGCGUUAAGUGUAGGAUUUACACUGAUCAUCAGAGUCUGAAAUAUCUCUAUACACAACCUGACUUAAACAUGCGACAACGUCGGUGGUUAGAGUUGAUGACAGAUUAUGAUCUGGAGUUCGUAUAUCAUGAGGGGCGGGCGAAUUUGGUGGCCAUGGGUACAACGUUGCUCUAUAGUACAUCGUUUCAUCCGCAGACGGAUGGACAGACAGAACGAACGAAUCAGGUAUUGGAGGAUAUGUUACGUGCUAUUGCCAUGGAGUGGCAAGGUCCGGUUUAUUGGGACGAUUUUACUGAAGCGGUGACCUUAGGACCUGAAUUGUUGUUUCAGAUGAGUGAGAAGAUCUUGAGGAUGAGUAUGACUAAAGUUGUUAGUUUAUGUUUUGAUGAUGGUUUAGAUCGUUGA